GAGAAGCGGCCUCGCGUUAAGGUUAGGGCCUAGAGGCGCGCCCCCUACCGGGCGGCCGGCGCGGAACAGCCGCGCGCCGGGCCUGGCGGGCAUUUAUUGGGCGAUCGCGGGGCUCUGCGUGCGGGCUUCCUGCGGAGCGCGCGCGGGAGCCCAGUCGCUAAGGCGCGGGUGCUCCGCACUUCCGCCGCCGCCCGGACCCGAGCACCGGACGGCGGGGCCGCUGCGGGGAGCAGGGCCCGCGGCGGGCCGGUAGGGGGCGCGGCGGGGACCGGGCGGCGCGCACCUCCACGGUUCCUCAGAUGGCGGCCGCGGGCGCGGGGCCGGGCCCCGGGCCAGGGGCGCCCCCGGGGCUGGAGGCGGCCCUGCAGAAGCUGGCCCUGCGGCGGAAGAAAGUGCUGAGCGCGGAGGACAUGGAGCUGUUCGAGCUGGCGCAGGCUGCGGGCGGCGCCAUGGACCCCGACGUGUUCAAGAUCCUGGUGGACCUGCUGAAGCUGAACGUGGCGCCCCUCGCCGUCUUCCAGAUGCUCAAGUCCAUGUGCGCUGGGCAGAGGGUGGCGAGCGACUCCCAGGAUCCCACGGCCGCGCCCCUGCCCACGCCCAGCGUGCCUGAGACCCGAGAGGCCUCCUUUCUCUCUGCCCGGAGCCGUAGCCCCCCCGCGAGGCCCUCCUUUUCCUGCGCCCCGCAGCCUGCGGCCUCUCCGGUUCUGCUCCACGGCCCAGCUGCCGCGCACUCGCCUCUCUCUCCGGGGCCCCCCGGUUCCCUCCGGUUCUCUUGCUGCCUGUUCUCUCCUUUUGCAGGUUGCGUUUAUUGGUUUAUUUCUGGGGGUUGGUACUGUUUCCAUGGAAACCACCAUAGCCUCCAGAAAGAGCAGCUCUGUGCUGCAGGGGCACGUGCGGGGCUGUCAGCCCCCGAACUGGCUGUCUGGAGCAUCAGCCCCCGGGGUCCCCCUUGCCUGGUUCCUGAGCUGGGGAUGUGGCCACUCCAGCCCUCGCUCAGUGCCAAGAGCACAGCGGGGCAGCUGCGCUCUUCUCCAGCUGCACCUGGCCUGCCGGGCACAUCCGCGCGGGGACCAUUAGCCAGAGGUGUGGGUCGAGGGUUAAGGGGCACGUGUGCAGCCCGCGUUGCACAUUGGGCGUUCAGUGGCUGGUCUGCAGCACCAGUCAAGCCCCUGCUGGGUGCUCCCCACGCCCCCGCCGCCCACUGGUCCUGGCUACCAGACCCCGCCAGCCUGCGCAGCAGGUGGUGGGGCUGCAGUGGUCUCCCCACCUCAUCCCACAGCCUGUCACGGAUACCUGGCCUCGGCAGCUGGCCGACUCCACAAGGGGCGCUCUCACCACCCAGGAGAAAGUUCUGGGCUUUUCUGGUUUUAGUUUCCACUCAGCGCUGCGGCAGAGCCCGUAGCGGGGGUUAGGGGCUCCCCAGCUUCAGGGACCCCCAAGUCACGAUGCAAUGGGCCGCUGUUUGGGGGGUUCACUUCAUUAGGGGAGUGAGCCGGCAGUGACUCGUUCAGUGAGGAUGACGUGGUUCACUGGCAUUACCAAUUCCACGGACACAAGCUUGAGCAAACCCCAACACAGCGAAGGACAGGGAGGCCUUGCGGGGUCCGUGGGGUCACGACCUAGUGACUGAGCAACGACAAUAAACCGCUGUCUGUCUUGACCCUUAAGAGGGCCCUACAGGAACUGGGCUUUACCCUUGGCUCAGCCUCAAUCCUCGUUUAAGUCCAUUCCAUCUGACCUAAUGGCCACAUCAGAGGAAGCUGAGCAGGCGUGACGAGCUCUGAGCUCCCAAACGUGCCUUGCUGGGUCCAGCGGACUCGAGGCCUGAGUGGGUCCCCCCACGAGCCCCAGGGCUGUGCGGCUCCUUUAGGUGCCAAGAACCACCCUGAGCUGGAUGAAGGGCCCGCUUCCGUCCUGAGGUGGUUUUCCUGACACCUCUGAUGACUUAAGGGUGGCAUCAGUUUCUUAUUUCCGGGUUUAUCAGCCUCACUAGAUUUAAAGGUGAACGUCACUUUGAGUCCUUUACUUUCCUCUCAUCCUUGAGUAUCUGGGGCCCUGGUCCUCCUCGGUGGGGGUCAGGAAGCGCACGUCUGCAGGCCCCGGAAGCAGAGCUGCAGAAUGAGGCCCGCGCGGCGGCCCACCUGUCGCUCCGGGAGCUGCCCCUGCACCCACUUCAGUGGCGCUCAGGCCCCAGGGUGAAGCUGCAGGCUCCCAGACCCGACUUGGCCUGGCCCAGGCCAGGUGGGGGAGUGUGGCCUCUCCAACUGGGUGACCCUGUGGGGUGGGGGCCAUGCACAAACAGGACCAGAAGGCUGGCGUCUGUACCAGGAAGAAGGGCGGUACAUUGGCUCAUUUUGGUGGCCCCUGGGCAGAGCUGGCCCCGUGUCACCCCACCACAUGCUCCAGUCUGCUUCCACUCAGCGCUGGGUGACCAUGCCUGCACCUUAUUCGAAUCGAGUUCACAUGGGGAGACCAGCUAUCAGGCUUCCAAGCUGGGGCCACUGCAAACGCCCCCCCAGCCCUGUGCCAGGUGGCUCAGACCUACUGCUGUUUGAUGGAGAACUUCCAGAGACUCCGGGAAGGGUGGCCCUGUCUCUGCAGGCGUGCCGGUGUCAGGAUCAGAUCUGGUGCCGUCCAUGGCGCAGGCCCCCGCUCCCCGCUGCAGGCUGCGGGGCUAGGAACCAGCAUGGAGCCCGGGUUCCCGCAGGGGGCAGGCAGUCGCGGCCAGGGGAGAACCCGGGCUGAGGUGCGUCAGCAGGGCGGGCCGGGCCAGGCAUGCCGGCCCCCCCGGGUCCUGUAAGCUGAUGCCACUGCCAGAACCAGCGCAGCCCAGCCACAGCUGCAGACCUUGCCAGCCGAUGGCUGGGGGGAAGUGGUUGGAGCCGCGCUCUGCAGCUGAGCGUGGCUGCCCUGUGGAGCCUCAGGGGAGUCCAGUCUCGGGGCCGGUGGUCCUGGAUGUCUGUGGAACACAGAGGGGAGAGGGAGCCCACCAAGAGGAAGCACUUCCAGGACCAGGUCCAGAAGCUGGCCUGACGUGCUUCCUGCAUCAGUGGCCUGCCGAGAGCCGGUUGCAGGGUCAACGCGCCGAGCUUGCCUGCGCUGCCCCCGGGCCUCUGCCUGGCUGCUGACGCCUGUGCUCUGCGUCCCUCAGGGAGAAACAAA